CACAGCUGCACUGACAGAGAAGUUAGAAGAGGUGCAUGGAAUUAAUGAAUUAACAAACUCACUCAAGUUAAUCAAUCACAUGCAUAUCGUCGCGAGGAGUCCAUAAGAUUUUAAUGAAAAAAAGACUGAUGUGACGUGUAAGUGAUGGUCUUUGGUGGCACCUGCAACGCACUUUAUAUGGGGAUCAGUGGAUCCUCCAUUGCACGUCUUCAACUGCUGCAAAAUGCGGCUGCGCGCCUUUUAACUGGCACACGGAGGUUUCACUCCACCCGUGCGUUUUAGAAUUUAUUUUAAAAUUCUUUUAUUUGCUUUUAAAUCUCUAAAUGGUCGUGCACCCCCUACACACCCAGCCGGUCUCUCGGGUCAGCUGACCAGCUGCUCCUGAGGGUUCCCAAAACGAGGCUGAAGCUCAGAGGGGACCGAGCAUUUUCUGCUGCCGCUGCACAUGAGACCUCCUCACUGUCUAAUUCCAACUCUUUCCUUUGGCUUUUAACAAGCGGCGAGAUGUUUCGGAAUACUGCUCGCAGGAGCACAGCCAGUGAAUCAGUGAGUCUCCACCAGGACCAGGCCCUCAACACAACCAUAUUCCUCCUCAAGUCCUUCGGCCCAACCGGCUUUCUACUCCGAGAGGACGGGGAGGUCGGGGACGUCAGGGUGUCCUUGGGGGACCCACAUGCGUGCACCUGCCCUGCGUUCACCAAGGAGCAGGAGCCAUGCAAACACAUCUGCUGGGUUUUACUGCGGAAAUUCCGACUACCCAGAGAACAUGAAUGUAAGCUGCUUAUAUCAAAUGCUAAUUUGUUGCAUACCUGUCAGUUAAAUUCUCAAACAAAUCAUUUUAAACUAACAAUUCCUUCUCAACCUGUUUUAUAUGGACACCACAAGACUGAAAUAAACAUGUCUCUCAGCAUAUUAUUGUUUGUAGGAAAUUUGAAUGAAUUGACUGUGAAAAAAAUAAAGAAAAGGUCUCUAGAUUCCUUUCAGCGUGGACUCGUGGACAGACAGAUCCUGGAGUUGCUCCACGGUUUGCAUCAAACCAAAGGCCAGCAGGCAGAAGACGGUACUCUGAGCCAAGCGGCCAGCGGCCCGCAGGCUGGACGCGUCUGCCGGAGACCCAUCCAAGCCCAGGACGUGUGUCCCAUCUGCCACGAGGCGCUGCUGCUGGAGAAAGGGCAGCCUGUGUCCCACUGCAGGUUCGGCUGUGGCAACAACAUCCACAUCUCCUGCAUGCAGGUGUGGGCGGAAUACCAGGGGCUGUCCGGCGGGGCGGACGCGGUGAAGUGUCCCCUGUGCAGGGAGGACUUCUGCUCCCUGCAGCUGCUCCGGGAGCAGGCGAGAAACGCAGCGAAGCUCUUCACCGGCUCUGAGAGGGAGAAGCCGAACAGACACCUGGGGGUCCGGUGCCAAGGCUGCCGGCUCGGCCCGGUCACCGGCAAAUGUUUCAAAUGCACGGUCUGCAGUUACUUUUACCUCUGCGAGGACUGCGUAAAGAAGGGAAGCCACCCGCAGCAUCCACUUGCGUCACGAACAAAAAGGAUGGGAACGUGGCACCUUGUGCCCGAAGACCCGAAGGAUGAAGCGCCGGGUGCAACGUCCCAGUCAGCUGAUGACAGCAUCGUACCUGCGGCUGCACAGCCUCUCCCACAAUACGUGUUGGACCGCCUCCCCACUGUGAGGGUGAAGCCGGGCUCUCUCCUCUCAGACGUGGGUCAGCAGUGUCGGAUCUGUCUGCUGGAGUUCAGCCUGGGCCAACGCGUCCGAACCCUCCCCUGCCAUCACAAGUUCCAUGCCGACUGCGUGGACGAGAUCCUGCGCAAGUGGAACUCCUGCCCCGUGGACGGAUACGUCCUCCACAACCGCUGUGCUCGGAGGAGGACCGGGGAGACAAAGCCCUCCCCGUCGGGCGCCGAUGCAAACCCACCAGGCGAUGACUUAAAGGGCCUGUUUGUUCCGGGAGUGGCACUGGGGGGCAGGAAGCCCGGAGUCGCCCCCGGCGGCCCCCCGCGGUCCACAGCUGAUGCGGACCCUCGGACGGAAGAGAGGCAAAGAAAGGAACCUGCGGGGAAUCCCAAAGGCAGCUCUUCUCCCAACAAGCAUGGCGCAGUGACGGAAAUCAGGGGGCACCCGCGGCCGGACCUUUUUGUGGGGGGGCGUCGCCCCGAACCACGUCACCCAGCUGUAGCCGGGCCGUCCGGAACGCAACCCCAAAAGGACGGACAGCAUUCAAGAUACAAGCAAGCGACUCAUACAGACAGACUCGGACAGCAACGAAACCACUAGAUAUGUGUGUAAGCAUUUAAGCAGUGAGAUGUUUAUCUGAUACGAAUAAUAAAAGCGCCUGAACAGUUA